AUGUCUCCCAGCAUCGAUUACCACGAUAUCCUUCGCCAGGCCGACGACGCGUUUCCCUCCCUCGACGCGCAUGUGCACGACACUGCCCAGCUCGCCCAUGUCGUUGACCAGCAUGAACAGCAGCACGCGCAUUUGAGCCAACAUCAUGAGGAUGUGGGCGAGCUGGGCGCUAAUGGAGCCGAGUAUGGGAUGGAUAUCGACCAACACCCGCUGGAUGCCGGGCAGCAUGAGCAGCGGCAGCUUGAGCAAGCUCAGGCGGCUGUCCAGCAACAGACCGAACAACGUCAGCCGUCUCCUGUCCGGCAACCUUCACAACACGAGUUGCCAGUGCAGCCUCAAGCGGGAACAAGCACCCAGAAGUCAAAGGGGCUUACAGCAGAGGAAAAGAAAGAAAGACAGCGGUUGCAAAACCGCCGUGCGGCAGAGAAGAGUCGGAAUAAAAAGAAGAAUGAGCAGAUGGCUCUGGAGCAGAACGUUGCAGGUAUGCAAGAAGAGAACCAACGUCUUCGCGCACGCCUCCAGUCGCUUAUCGCUGCUCGGCCGUCCGAUGCUUCCGUCGAACCAACUCAUGUCGAUCAGCUCGCGAGCCCAGUACCGGCCCCUCCAGCCACGGUCAUAGGCACCGGUAUAGACUACGUCUACCUGUCGAAACUCCACAAUGAGCUUGCCAACUCGAAAGGCAGCUUGCUUGAAAAGUCUGCCGACCUAUCGCGCAUGACCGCCGGCGACGACGGGCCAUUGAAUGACGAGCACCGGCCCUUGCGGCUGGAACUCAUCGCCAACCUGACCAAGCUCGCAGCUCUGCGGUCAGAGAUGGCGGGGCUGGAAAAUGUCAUGACGCAUGUCGUGCAGGAAAAGCAAAAUAUGCAAGUCGAGAGGGCCAAGGUGGAGAGGGAAUUGGCCGGACGGAGAGUGGCCAGGGAACGGUCGGCGGUGGCUCAGCAAGCCGUGCAAGAUGACCCAAAUAUUGAUCCGUCCCUGCAUCAGGCUGACCCAGAAGGGGCUGCGGUGGCCCAUGAGGCUACAGGCGUUCAAGACGAGCAGGCAGAUGAAGGAGACGACGGCCAGCCUGCAGAAGGAGGGGACAGGGCGCUGCUCGAUAUCAGAGGGUGGAUUGACGCGGCUGUAAAAGAUUGGCACCAAGAUGAUCCAGAUCAAGAUGGAUCCGGUGAUAAAGAGUAA